AUGGUUCACUUCAACCCUCUUCUCGUUCUUUCUGCGUCGAUCGCACUCUCAUCAGCGCUUCCUCUCCAAAAGCGUAUCGCUCAAAUCAUCGCGGAUUCCACAGCGGAUUGGGAACAAGCAUGCCUUACCGCGGGUGGCUCGACUCAAUGCAACCCACUGUCCCAAACAGCUUUUACGAGUCUCUUGGCUGCUGGAGCCAACUGCGACCAACAAAACGCGGCCGACCAGAUGAUCGACCUCGCCAAACAACUUAGCAGUAACGCCGAGAUGAUCAGGUUGACCCAGCUGUUCGUUCAACAGCCUCGCAAUGCCCCCGACAGUUUACAAGUACCCUACUGUCAGACUGCGCCAAAGAACUCUGAACUCAACGGGCUGUUCCACUGCCAGUUUGCAGGAUCCGAUUUUACCAAGUUUAGUGGCGACCAGACCGGUAACGUUCCUCUCGGAUUGACCGCUGUCAAUCCUGCCGGCUCGUGCCCUGCCAAACCCGACGGUCCAGUUCCCGACGGUGUCCAGUUGAAUACCCUUGUCACUAAUCCUGGUGUCGGCUCCUCCAACUCCACCGGCUCUGCCGCUGUCACCGGUUCCUCCCAACCCACCGGUUCCUCCACUGCCACCGGCUCUGUGUCCGCCGCCGCUGCCGCCAGCACUGUGUCCGCCGCCGUUGCCGCCAACAACGGUGCAGCAGGCAGCACCUCAAUUGCCUCAGCCGCAAGCGCCUCCGCCUCCACCACAGGCUUCCAAUUACAAAACGGAGAAGAUGCCAAGGCUCUCAACGCGCAGUUCGCCACUCUGACUCCAUCGUCCCCAUGCACCACCGGGGACGAGGCCUGCGUCGACGAUGGGUUCGCCCAAUGCGUCGGCAGUCAGUUCACCAUCACCCAGUGCGCCGGGGGUACGCAGUGCUUUGCCCUACCGCUCGUGAACAAGGCCGGAACGUCCAUCGCGUGUACUACUCAGGCUGAUGCCAAUUCGCGCAUUGCUGCCACUGGUGCUUGA